CGUUAGCUCUGUUUCUGUGGACUAAAUUUGCAAAUAUCACCGUUUCUUUACACUGUUUGAACUUUUAACUCGUGUUAUUUUGACUUCAUGGAGGAAGGCUUCGUUGACUGUCACUGUCACAUAUCAGCCCGUGAGUUUGAAGAGGAUCUGGAGGAUGUUAUUCAAAGGACCAAAGAGGCCGGGCUGAAGACUCUGGUUGCAGUUACAGAAGAAGUUGGAGAGUUUGAAAGAGUUCUGCAGCUGCAGGAACGUUAUCCAGAUCUGGUGGCUCCAUGUUUUGGUAUCCAUCCGCUGCAGGUCGGCGGGGGCUCCGAGCAGCACAGUGUAAAACCUCAGGACCUCGAUGCUGCCCUGCCUCACUUCUACAAACACAGAGAACGCCUCGUUGGUAUCGGAGAGAUUGGUUUGGACUUCACGCCGUGGUGCGCUCCCACUCAGCAGGAUAAAGACGACCAGAUGGCGGUUUUCAUUAAACAGCUCAGCGUCGCUGAAGAGCUCGAGUUACCCGUUAACGUCCACUCACGAUCAGCUGCUAAGGUCACCAUAGAGACGAUGAGGGAACAAGGUAUCAGUCGAGCUCUACUUCAUAACUUCGCUGGGAAGCCGUCUGUAGCUCUGGAAGGCGUGAAGGCCGGGUACCUCUUCUCGUUUCCACCAGCGGUGUGCAGAAACCAACAGAGAGACAAACUGAUCAAGCAGAUCCCGCUGGAACACAUCUGUCUGGAAACCGACUCUCCUGCACUGGGGCUCGAGAAGCAUGUGAGGAACGAGCCUCGUAACAUCGUUCUGUCCUGUCGCUACGUCGCUGACAUCAAAGGUGUGUCGCCAGAAACUGUUCAACUCGUCACCGCACAAAAUGCAUACAGACUUUUCCCCAAGGCCAACAGGCGCUAACACUCACAUGUUUCAGAAAGGUAAGGUUUAUCCUCAGGGAGCUAGAAUAUCUGAAAACAUACAAGGACUGAAAAAUAAGAAGUGGAAACAACCUCCAGAUCUUCAUUUUGAAGCUAAAGUGAAAGCCAGCUGUUUAUUUUUAAGAACAUUAUGUUUUAGGCCGGUUUUUGUCUGGCCAAAUGUUGCACCUGGA